GUUGUGAAUGAGUCAUUGCUCAGAGUAUAGGACAGGGGGGUUGUUGAGGUUGCGUUUUAUUUGUCUUUAUUUUAGAAUUAAAAUUGUUCAAGUAAUUACCGCUACGAGAUUAAAACAUGUUACAAUUCAGGUCUUCGGCAGUGUUAAAUGAGUUGUUUCAGUCUAGCCUAAAGCGCCCUUUGCCAGGUAUUGUUAAAAAUAAAAAGUUAGCGGUCUCCUACUGCUUUACUACUGCCUGCCCCGAUGUCAAAAAAGUGGUGUCAAAAUUCAAGUACCACCACGCUGGGAGGUACCGACCAUUUCUUCAGCCGUUAGCCUGGGUCAGAUCCUUGGGGACAGGAUGCAUGAGUUUCUGCACCAAGUCAGAAGAUGUGAUAUCUGCUAAUCAACAGCAAAAGCUUGAUAAUAUUAGCAGCAAAGAGGCAGCUUCAGAAAAGAGAAGAAAAGCAGGUAUUUUGCCCAGCCUAGAGGAUCUCCUGUUCUACACAAUUGCAGAAGGACAAGAAAGGAUCCCUGUUCAUAAGUUUAUCACUGCAUUAAAAGCAACAGGAUUACGAACUGGAGACCCAAGGCUGAAGGAAUGCAUGGAUAUGCUGAGACUGACCCUUCAGAACACUUCUGAUGGAGUGAUGCUUGACAAAGAGCUCUUUAAAAAGUGUGUACAGAGCAACAUUGUGCUGCUGACUCAGGCAUUCAGGAAGAAGUUUGUCAUUCCUGAUUUCGUGCCUUUCACUUCACACAUCGACGAACUCUAUGAGAGUGCAAAAAAGCUGUCUGGAGGGCAGGUUGCUGAUUAUAUUCCCCAGCUUGCCAAGUUUAGUCCGGACUUGUGGGCAGUUUCUCUUUGCACAGUGGAUGGACAAAGGCAUUCAGUUGGAGAUACGAAGGUCCCGUUUUGCCUGCAGUCUUGUGUGAAGCCUCUAAAGUAUGCCAUUGCUGUGAAUGACCUUGGCACAGAGUAUGUACACAGAUAUGUUGGUAAAGAGCCCAGCGGAUUACGAUUCAACAAACUGUUCCUGAAUGAAGAUGAUAAGCCUCACAACCCCAUGGUGAAUGCUGGAGCAAUCGUGAUUACUUCCUUGAUAAAGCAGGGGGUGAGCAAUGCAGAGAAGUUUGACUAUGUGAUGAGUUUUUUAAAUAAAAUGGCUGGCAAUGAGUAUGUUGGCUUCAAUAAUGCAACGUUUCAGUCUGAACGGGAAACUGGAGAUAGGAAUUUUGCUAUAGGCUACUACCUAAAAGAGAAAAAGUGUUUCCCAGAAGGCACAGACAUGACUGGAGUGUUGGAUUUUUACUUCCAGCUGUGCUCCCUUGAAGUGACCUCUGAGUCGGCCAGUGUAAUGGCAGCGACUCUGGCCAAUGGUGGAUUCUGUCCAAUUACCGGAGAACGAGUGCUGAGCCCUGAGGCUGUCAGGAACACGCUAAGUUUGAUGCACUCCUGUGGCAUGUAUGACUUUUCGGGACAGUUUGCUUUCUACGUGGGACUUCCAGCUAAGUCAGGUGUUGCUGGUGGUAUUCUACUCGUUGUACCCAAUGUGAUGGGUGUCAUGUGCUGGUCUCCUCCACUGGAUAAACUUGGCAACAGUGUCAGGGGCAUUCAGUUCUGCACAGAUCUGGUGUCGUUGUGCAAUUUCCACAAUUACGACAAUCUGAGGCACUUUGCAAAGAAACUUGACCCCCGCAGGGAGGGUGGGGACCAAAGGAAUAUCAAUGCCAUGCACAUGCAUUCAAGAAAACUAAUUCACUAUUCAUGUUGCUUAAAACAGCAGCAUCCCAAAGGACCAAUGAACUAUGAAAGUCUUCAGCAAGAGCUAGCUCUUAAAGAUACUCUGUGGAAAAAAGUGUCGCCCGAGUCCAGUGAGGACACAUCUACAAGUGUAGUGUAUAGAAUGGAGAAUGUGGCGACCGCAGCUAAUGAGAGGGGUCUCGUUUCAAAAUGAUCUCCGGUUUAUCCUCUUGACAUCUCUAGCUCAUUAAACCAGUUUUAAAAAGUAUUUAUUCCAUUUAAGACUUGUGGGUUAUUGUAAUUGUUGUAUUGUGCAACACUGUGUACACCUCUUUUGCCAAUUUGCACUUAUUAUAUAUGUGUGCUUUUAAGAAUGUAAAUUGUGUAAAUACAUCUGAAUACCAAAGACCGGGAGGAAAGUUGGGGCUUAGAAUGUGUGUUAUCCCAUUUGUGCUUUUUUAAGUUGAAGUGUGUAAAUGGUGUAAAAUAUUUAGACAUAUUUUAAGAACAAAACCCAAAGAAAGGAAAGGUAUAUGAAGCAAGUGCAUUUUAGGAUAAUUCACGUUAGUAUUGUUAUCCAUAAUAUUGCACAUAUUUCUGGUUUAUUUUUUUAUUGAUCAGUUACAGUUUUUUUCAGCUAUUACAAAGUAGGUCUUAAAGCACAGGGGUGUGCAAUUCAUAUCGCCCGACACCUGGGACAACAAGAUUUGUGUGAGGGACAACAAGUUUUAUACUUUGUCCGUUGGUCAGAUUUUUUUUUUUUUCCCUAUGUUCGUUCUGUUUCUAUAAAAACACUGCAGCAUUUGUCUAGAGAGCCAUGCACGUUUUUGAAAACUGAGCUGUAGAAGUGUAGCACUUGCACAAAACUUAAAAAAAAAAAAAAAAAAAAAGUGCUUUCUUCCCACUACUAUCAAUUCUGACUGGCUAGCGGUGGAAAAAGCAUGCAUUUUGGUAAAACAGAAAAAAAAAAAAAAAAAAAAAUGCAGAGAAAUUUGACAGGUUAUUCGCAAGUCCUUUAAAAAUCUCGGG